AUGGCUGAAUCAAAGCCUGCUGCGGCCACCGCGAGCACUCUUCUCAACCCAGAGGCGGCCUCUUUCACCAUGCCCAGCAGCGGAGGGGAGACCCUUCUCAAUGGAACAACCCAGAGUCCUCAGCCGACAACGGCGAAUGGUAAUGAACAGAUCAAAGACUCCAAAAAGUCGAAAUCCCGGCCCGAGACUGCCCCUCGAACGACCACAGAACAAAAUGUCGCCGAAGCAGGAGCAGGAGUGAAAUUGACCGGCGUACAGUUGAAGAGACAAAAGGCGGCUGAAAAGGCGGCAAGAAGAGCAGAAAAGGUUGCUGAGAAAGGAGCCCAAGCCGUGGCUCAGGCGCAAAGCCAGGCCGCAGCGUCAGGAGCAAAACCAGAAACGCAGAGACGGCCAUCAACGACGAAGAGGGAAAGCGACACAGGCCCGCAUCACAAACGGACGCCCUCGGGCAAGGCUUUGCCCCUCCGAGGCGCGACCCAACAACAGCUACAACAGCCUCAAGGCUCGACGGUUCCGGAGAAAGAGAAGCGUCAGGAACUCAAACGUGUGUCCAUGUUCUCGCACUUGUACCCCAAGGAAAAGAAAGCCACGCUAUCUGGCGCCGGCCGAGAAAUACAUCCCGCUGUGAUAUCGCUAGGGUUACAGCUCCGCGACUAUGUGAUCUGCGGCGGCAACGCACGUUGUGUAGCGACCCUGCUGGCUUUCAAGAAAGUUAUCCAGACAUAUACCACUCCUGCCGGCGUAGCGCUUUCUCGACAUCUACUCACUCAUCUCAAUCACCAAAUUGCGUACCUCCGAAACGCGCGACCACUGAGCAUGAGCCAAGGGAACAGCAUCCGGUGGCUGAAGAACUUGAUCUCCACGCAACCCGUCGAGGCCACCGACAGUGAAGCCAAGCAAAGUCUAUGUCAGGCCAUCGACUUGUUCAUUCGUGAGAGGAUCACGCUAGCCGAUGAAGUGAUUGCCCGGGAAGCCAGUGCGCGGAUCCAAGACGGAGAGGUGAUUCUCACGUACGGGAAGAGCAGCAUCGUGGAGAAAACGCUCCUCACUGCGCAUCAGCAAGGGAAGAGCUUUAAUGUCAUUGUCGUCGACUCUAGACCCAUGUUCGAAGGCAAAAACCACGCAGAGAGCCUCAUACGAGCAGGUCUCAAAGUCCAAUACCACCUUCUGUCCGGCCUGGCAGAUGUCCUUGACAACCAAUCUGAAUCUGUGACAAAAUGCUUUUUAGGGGCCUCGGCGAUGCUGGGUAACGGGAGGCUGCUGUCUCGUGCUGGUUCGGCUAUGGUUGCUAUGAUGGCCAAGGAAUCGAACAAGAAUAAAGGCCGCAACGUCCCUGUCAUUGUCUUGUGCGAGACGGUCAAAUUCACGGCGAAGGCAGCGCUCGACAGUAUCAUUAUGAAUGAACUAGGCGAGCCAGACGCGUUGGUGGAGACCGCCGAAGCCGAGGUAUUAUCGUCAACCAAAGCCUCCCUGGAAGCAAAUCCGACAGCGAAAGGCACCACCAGCAAGAAGCCGAAUCAGCAAAAGGACAAGAAGGAUGACGAUGACGGGGACGACAAGAACAGCCCGUCGAAUAACAGGGGGCUGGAAGAUUGGAAAGAUCAACCGAAUCUAUUUCUACUAAAUCUCAUGUAUGAUGUGACGCCAGCGGAAUUCUUGGAUCUUGUGGUAUGUGAACUGGGCAGUUUGCCGCCUCAAGCGGUUCCGGUUGUCAAUGGUGUGCAUGGGGAUGACCAAGCUUUGGCUUGA